AUGUCGAUCCCUCAGCUUCACAUGAACCUGGACGGGCAUUGCACCGCGAUCUACAACAACACGUUGUAUGCAUUUUCUUCCGAUGGACUGGCCUCGAUUUCGCUUGAACAGAACGGCACCUGGAAGCCGUUACCUAAAGGCAAUGCUGUCUCCGGCGCCGCAUGUGUAGUAGCCGGCAUCGAAAUGGAUGCUAGUGACAAAGCACUUUAUGUUAUCGGCGGUUCUGGCGCUUCCGCUCAGUAUAGCGGCUUGCAACGGUUUUCGUUCAAGGACCAGAAGUGGCAGACUCUUCAAACCCCCUCGACGAUGAUGAACAACCGAACGGGCCACAACGCGGCCUACAUGGAGUCGACCAACUCGAUCCUGGUCUAUGCAGGCGGCCAGAGCGAUGGUACGACAACCUCGGCUCAGACCUACAUCGUCUCAACCGAGAAUGGAAAGGAGAUCAGUACUCCUGUCAACAGUGAAGCGCCCGCAGCAUACCAGCCUAGUCUUCUCACAUGGAGUGACUCCCUGAUCGCUUUGAUCUCAGAUACGAGCACUGAUGUCUUUCUCUACAACGCCACAGAUUGGGGAUGGGAGAACUCCCAAGUGACCCUCCCGUCGACCAUUGCCAGCUCGACCCGCUGUGCGCUUGUAUCCAACUCCGAUGGCAGUAAGGUCUUGGAGUCGUUUGAUAUGAGUGAUACCACCAACCCUGUUUCCAGCUUAGCCCUACUCUCGGCUGGUGGCAAGCCCGAAAGCCCCGCGUCACCGGUGGGCGCGCCCCAAAGGAGGAGCUUGAGCGAUUAUCCAUCGUACAACGGCAAGUUCGCUCCAAAGGCAACCCUGUCAGACUAUUCGUUGGCCCAGGGCGACAAUGGGAUGGUGGCCAUCUUGAGUAGCAGUGGCGACAAUACAUUAGCCAUCUUCAACACAUCCACCAACAGUUGGGUGAACGCGGCGGCCAUGUUCAAUGACAACUCCAACCAAAAUGUUCUGAAGCCAACGCACACCACCAUGACUACAUCUACGUCGACUUCAUCAUCUACGACCUCAUCCACGGCCACCAACACUUCUUCUCAGCCCGCCGGCAUCGCUGCGCCUGCCAGUGAAUCCCCUGUCUCGACGAAUGUAAUCAUCGGUGCAACCCUCGGCGGUGUCAUCGGAUUUGCUGUGAUUCUUGGCAUCAUCCUGUUGCUACUUCGGCGGCGUGUGAAACGCCAACGGGCGCAGCAGGAACAAUACGGUGGUCGAGGGUCAAGGAGUGGUAAACAUCAACUGGACCGUCUGAGCUUCCAAGAUCAAGGGAUAGAACCCUUGACUCUAGGCGCGUUUCCCAUGGCUAAAAGCCCCGUUCCCCUGGCUAGCGCCUCGGGCGAUACAUCCACAAUCCUGUAUGGCAGGACCGGUGAGAAAUCUUUAAAGCCCCCCGGCACUGGUGUCGGGUAUGGACUCUCUCCUGCUUCCACCAAGGACAACAACAGCCAUCUAUCUACAAUUCCCUCCAGCCGUAUGGGUCCCCCCAGCGUGUACACAGAUUUAACCGCGUCAUCUGAUGCAGCUGGGAAGGAAACCCAAAAUCAGCCUGGGAAUCGGAGCACGGACGAGGGCUGGAGCAAGUACUUCCAGGGCAACAACGCGACCAACCUCGCUUCAAACCGCUCGACGGUCAGCUCUUCUGGCUACACCAAAUCCGACUACCGCAACAGUGAGUGGCCCAUGUCCACCCUGCCUCCUCUGAAUCUCGGGUUCCUCGACCAGCACACAGGUCGGGUUGUCAGCGGUAGCCCAACGACCGAGCACACCACAGUGGACCGCGGUCGUGGGCUCGUGAUUCCCGAAAGCCAGUCGGCACGUAUCUCGAGCGCGGACUCCAUCAGUCUGAACUCAGACGGCGAGGAGAAGGAUGGCCACCGGUGGACCGCCAACAGUCAACAGAGCUGGCUCGGCCGCCCGCCUAGCAGCCAGUACAGUGGAACCUUCUACAAUGAUACCCAGACUCUGCCCGGCACGGCAUCGCAAUUCAAUGCACUGGCGACAGAUAGGGCGAGGGCCUCUGGACGCAAAUCCAGCGUCGUAAUACCAGACGAGAUCGACGAGCACCCCAUGUCUGGCCGGAGUGACAAUCUCAAUUCCGACAUGAGCUGGCUCAACCUCCAUGCCGAACGCUAG